UUGUAGUAAUUUGUAAAAAUAUGUUACCAUGGAAAUGCUAGUUUAGAAUGUGUUUAUUUUACUUAUUGUUUUAAAUUUUUAUUUGAAUUAAAGCUUAAUUAAAGUUGAAAGAAAAAUUCUUAUAUUCUCUUCUGAUAUGUUGAAUAUGGUAACGCUUGCAAUCUGUUUGUUUUUCAAAUUGACCGCCGACGAAGAAUAUUAACAAGAGAUAAUAUCAGUUAAUGUUAAUAAUAUAUUUUAGAGUAAAAAUAUAUUUUAUAAAACACGCAAAUGGUGGGACAAUUAAUUUGAGCUAUUUUCAUAUUGAAAACUAAGGAUAUAAAUAAUCAAAAUACAUAUAUAAAUAUUGCUUCUAUUAGCAAGUUGUUGCAUCUUUUUGCGAAUGUCUUCAUAUUCUUUUCGUGGUGCAGUCAAAACAUGGAUUCCCCGUGUGGAGGAACAAAUUGAACCGCAAACCGUAACAGAUUCCAAACAGCUACAAAUUAGUAAGAGCGCGCAACAGUUAAACUCAGAUCCCGCGAAUUAUAAAUGGAGUGUAAAACAACUGAUGCGUCUCCUACGCCUCUAUGGGGCGCAUCACUGCCUUUGGGACACACGUCAUCCUGACAAUAGGAAUCGCAAAUUGCGUAAAGCAGCACUUAUUGAUAUUACCACGGCUAUGGGAGAAGGUAGUACUUGUGCGCAGGUCUUGCAAAAAAUCAAUGUCUUGCGAGCUACUUAUAGGUACGAAAAACGGCGCAUCAAGCAGCGCAUACGCAGAGGCAUAGGCGCCAAAACAAAACUCAAGUGGUUUGCAUUAGCAGAUUCCUUUCUGAGAAAUGUGCCCAGGUCCGAGAUAAAUAAAAAGAAAGAGGAUGCUGAUAGUGAUUCAGAUUUGGAAGAUGCUGUAGUGUUUACUAUUGAGUCGGAAGCGUUGAUUUCUCUGUCGGAUGACGAGAGUUUUCAAAACGAUGAUUCUAACAUCAAAGUAAAGCUUGAAAAGGAUAGCAAACGUUUAUCAACUGUUAGCUCUGCUGAGGACCUUAGCCCACCACUACGUAAACGUGAAGAAAUGUCUACAAGUGUAAAACGGAAAUGGACUACUCACGAGUCCUUGCAAUUUAUUUUUCUUUUACGCUCUUAUCCUCUGCUUUGGCAGUUGGACAUAAACGACCCCUUAGCGAUAUAUCAACAGGCAGCACAACAAGAAAAAGCGCUCGAAGAGAUUUCCCAUACAAUGCAAUUGCCAAAGCAACGCUUGCGCAGACGCUUAGAAACUUUUCUGGCCACCUACCGACUGGAGAUAGAAGCAAUCAAACAAGACAGCCAGCACAAACCUAGUUUUUCCUGGUGGCCCAUGGUAGAGGAGUACUUAGAGACCCCACAAUUGGCGAAAUUUAGUACCAAUAAAAACAUAGAAGAGAAUAACAAGUGGAAGCUUAAUGAAAUAAAGCCAGUAGAGACUUCAGCAACUGAUGUCCAUAUUUAUCAAUCAAACGACGCCUUAUGCUUGAGUGCGCCAGCAUCUCCAAGUGUGUCGCAAAUUUUUUCACCAGCUUCGCCUGCAAACAAUGAGGAUAGCAUUAGUCUCAAUGACGCUUACGCCGCGAAGCAGCAAAAUUUUACCAAUCCACCCUUGAAACUCAUUUGGAAUGGUCUCGAAGACGACUUGCUCGAGGGUAAAUGGUCGCUUAAGCAUUCAGUGAAGUUUUUACGACUCUAUGGUGCACAUCGCUGCCUGUGGGAUCUCAAUGACCCUAACUAUCGCUCACGUGAAAUGCGUGCGGCUGCUAUCGAGGAUAUAGCCGCGGCUAUGGGUUAUGGCCUGGACGCAGAUUAUGUGGCAAAAAAAAUAAAAAUCUUUCGCAUUACAUAUAUGCAGCAUCGCAAGCGUAUGCUUGAGGCUAUUAAGCAGAAUAGAGCGCCGGAUAUACAGCUGCGUUGGUUCCCCUUGGCCGACAGCUUUUUACGGCCACACAUCGGCUUGCGUUCGAUCAAAGAGCAAGAGCGCGAAAUGCCGCAAUUCGAUUUUCAAUAUGUUUAUGCGAAUCUAAAUUUAAUUGAUCCCAGUCUGCUGGCGGAUCUCAAGUGAAGCUUAGGCUAAAAAUAAUUUCAAUAAAAACUUGUAAUUUAAGAACAUCAUUGUAUAUUUUCUUCGAUUACUCCUUCCUUGUACAAAAAUAUAUGUUUACAAGCAUUGAU